AAACGGCAAGCCCUUUCAGGCCCAUUGGAUCUUGCGUAACCACCCUUCGAACUAAUCACCGGCGAAUUUCCGGCAAACUCUUCACUCUCCGGCGACCACUCCACACACAUAUGGCUCCGAAGAAGAAGCAACAACAGCAGCAGCAGCAGAAACAGAAGCAGAAGUCAUCUUCUUCAUCCAAAAACAAGCCACAGUCUUCCACCGGUCCUAAACUCCAAAUUUCGGCGGAGAACGAAAACCGUCUCCGGCGGCUUUUACUCAACUCCGGCCGUUCAACGGCGGAUCCGGUACACGAAGAUUCUAAUCUUACAAAGGCACAGAAGGCGAAGAAGCUACACUCCGUUUACGAGAAGCUCUCGUGCGAAGGCUUCACUGAUGAUCAUAUAGAACGUGCUCUUUCUCAUCUCAAGGAAAGUGCUACUUUUGAAGCCGCUUUAGAUUGGCUAUGUUUGAUUUUGCCACCAAAUGAGCUGCCAUUGAAGUUUCGCAGUAGUACUGCAGCUCUUCCAAGUGAUGGUGGCUCUGUGGGCAUCAUAUCAACUGCACGAGAUGACUGGGCCCCUUUGCCGGAUUCAUCAGUUGCUACUGAACAUGAAAUCGAAGAAAUAUCAUUCAAGAGUAAAGUGCAGCGAAAAGUUGAUACAUUGGAUUCUUUCCAACAGUCUCAAGCAGAUUGGAUCCGUCAAUAUAUGGAGCAACAGGAAGAGGUGGAUGAAUAUGAAUCAUGGGAAGAUGCUGCAGUUGAUGAGGCAUCAGAACCAAGAAGCUAUGAUAUUAUUCGAGAAGAAUAUCACAGUGCUCGGUUGCAAGCUAUUAGUGCCAAAGAAAGAAAGGAUAAGAAAGGCCAAGAACAAUCUGGUCAAAUAAUUCGUAAACUUAAACAAGAGAUGGCUGCCCUAGGUAUAUCAGUUGAUACAUUAGCUGCCGAGUUUGAGAGUCGUCAUCGUGCCAUUGAGAACCAAAACGUUGAAGCUGUUACGGGUGGAGAAGAUGGUUGCAUAGAGUCUACAGUCGAGCAGGUGGGCCCGCAAGAUAAAGAAACAGUUACAGAGAGUUGCUCUACGCAGGAUGUUUUGCUAAGUGUUCGCAGUCAAGAUGGAAGUGUUGCAGAUGAGGACUCAGGAGAUAUUGAGCUUGGUGAUAUGUUUCUAGAAGAUUCAUCGUCUGAUCAAGUUUUGCCACCGGAGAUUGUGGAGUUGCAAAAGAAGGAGAAAAUGAAAGAGUUAACAAGUGAAAAGAACUUGGAAAAGUUGGAGGGAAUUUGGAAGAAGGGGGACCCACUAAAGAUUCCUAAGGCCAUUCUUCAACUACUUUGUCAAAGAUCUGGAUGGGAGGCACCGAAAUAUAAUAAAGUACAAGGCACAAGAGAUGGAAGUAGUUACACUGUCAAUGUGAUACGUAAAGCUAGCGGCAGGGGUAAGAAUAGAAAAGUUGGAGGACUAACUACUGUCCAAUUACCUACUCCUGGAGAAGCAUUUGAAACUGCUGAGGAUGCACAAAAUAGAGUCGCUGCAUAUGCUUUGUAUCAGCUCUUCCCUGACCUACCUGUACACUUGAUGAUGACAGAUCCCUAUGCAUCACUUGUUCUACAAUGGCUGGAAGGGGACUUAUCAGGAAAUGUGAAAAACAUUGAAGUAGACAGACGGGCCGGUUUUGUGGAUUUUUUGCUUAACAGUGAUGCUUCCGAUGCUGUUGUUUCUGAGGAUCUGUUGGAUACUUCUAGACAAAUUGAUUCUCAAAUAUCUCAUGUUCAAGAAGAUACAAGUGCACGAGAUGCUGGAUUUGAUAAAAUUGCUGAAAGCACCGACUAUCAUAAACAGGUGGAGAGUUCUUAUCUUAAAAAGCAACAAGAGAGUAAAAGAAAGAUGAAGAAGUAUGAGGACAUGUUAAAAUCUAGAGCCACACUCCCUAUUGCUGAAUUGAAAGGCGAGAUUUUGCAUCGGUUAAAAGACAAUGAUGUCCUUGUUAUUUGUGGAGAAACAGGAUGUGGAAAAACAACUCAGGUGCCUCAAUUUAUCUUGGAUGACAUGAUCGAGCAGGGACAUGGUGGAAUUUGUAACAUCGUGUGCACGCAACCAAGGAGAAUAGCGGCGAUUUCUGUUGCUGAAAGAGUUGCAGAUGAGCGUUGUGAAUCUUCACCAGGUUCUAAAGAUUCUUUGGUUGGUUAUCAAGUACGUCUUGAUAGUGCCAGAACUGAGAGAACAAAACUUCUGUUUUGUACAACUGGCAUUCUGUUGAGGAUGAUUGUGGGAAACAAAAGCUUUGCUGAUAUAACUCAUGUCAUAGUUGAUGAAGUGCACGAACGGUCUCUCUUGGGUGAUUUUCUACUAAUAAUUUUGAAGAAUUUUAUUGAGAAGCAAUCUGCCCAACGCACACAACAAAAGCUGAAAGUAAUCCUUAUGUCUGCAACAGUGGAUUCACAACUUUUUUCACAUUACUUUGGUGACUGCCCUGUUAUUCAUGCACAAGGCCGAACACAUCCUGUGACGACCCACUUUCUUGAGGACAUUCAUGAAACUAUUGACUACCGACUUGCUUCAGAUUCCCCAGCUUCUUUGAGAUCUGAUAUACCAAGGCAAAAGGGUGCUGCUGUUGAUAAUCACAGGGGAAAGAAAAAUCUUGUUUUAUCUGCAUGGGGUGAUGAAUCUGUUUUAUCCAAAGGCUAUUCAAACCCGUAUUAUGUUCCAGAAAACUAUCAAACAUACAGUGAGCAAACUCAGCAAAAUCUGAAAAAGUUGAACGAAGAUGUUAUUGAUUAUGAUCUUCUUGAGGACCUGAUUUGUCAUGUUGAUGAAACUUACCCCGAGGGUGCAAUAUUGGUCUUUCUACCGGGAGUUUCUGAAAUUCACACAUUGCUUGACAAGUUAGCCGCUUCUUAUCAAUUCCGUGGGGUAGCAUCUGGAUGGCUUCUACCAUUGCAUUCAAAUAUUGCAUCAUCUGAGCAGAAAAGAGUGUUUCUAAGACCUCCUGAUGAUAUCCGUAAGAUUAUAAUAGCCACAAACAUUGCAGAGACUAGUAUUACAAUAGAUGAUGUAGUCUAUGUCAUUGACUGCGGUAAGCAUAAGGAGAAUCGUUACAACCCACGCAAGAAACUGUCAAGCAUGGUUGAAGAUUGGAUAUCUCGAGCGAAUGCAAGGCAGCGGCGGGGAAGAGCCGGUCGUGUAAAACCUGGAAUUUGCUUUUGCUUGUAUACACGUUACAGAUUUGAAAAACUAAUGAGGCCAUUUCAGCUUCCAGAGAUGUUGCGGAUGCCAUUGGUGGAAUUGUGUUUACAGAUUAAAUUACUUUCUCUUGGUCGUAUAAUGCCAUUCUUGCAGAAGGCCCUUGAACCUCCAACAGAAGAGGCCAUUACUUCUGCAAUCUCAUUAUUAUACGAGGUUGGUGCGGUUGAAGGUGACGAAGAAUUAACACCUCUUGGGCAUCAUUUGGCAAAACUACCAGUUGAUGUAUUAAUCGGAAAGAUGAUGUUAUAUGGUGGUAUAUUUGGUUGCUUAUCACCUAUCCUAUCCAUCUCAGCAUUUCUGAGCUAUAAAUCACCCUUCAUAUACCCGAAAGAUGAGAGGCAUGCUGUUGAGAGAGCAAAGUUGGCUUUGUUGACCGAUAAGUCAGGUGGUGCAACUGAUCUGGACAAUGGGGAGCGGCAGUCUGACCAUUUGAUUAUGAUGAUUGCAUACAAAAAGUGGGAGAAAAUUUUACGCGAGAAUGGAUCUAAUGCUGCAGAACGGUUCUGCAAAUCAUAUUUUUUAAGCAGCUCUGUUAUGUACAUGAUAAGGGACAUGCGUGUGCAAUUUGGAACAUUGCUGGCAGACAUUGGUCUUAUUGAGCUCCCCAAAAAUUAUCAGAAUGGGGGCAAAUGGAAAGAGAAACUCGACAGCUGGUUUUCAGAUACAUCACAAACAUUCAAUGUUUAUUCAAAUCACUUGUCAGUUGUGAAGGCAUUGCUAUGUGCUGGUUUAUAUCCCAAUGUAGCUGCCACCGAACAAGGGAUCUCAGAGAAAGCUCUAAAUAGCCUUAGACAAUCUGCGGGUCCUACAACCGAUGACUCGAAUGUGUGGUUUGAUGGAAGACGGGUUGUACAUAUUCACCCUUCUUCCGUCAAUAGCAACUCAAAAACUUUUCAGCAUCCGUUUCUUGUUUUCCUUGAAAAGGUUGAGACAACGAAGGUGUUUCUUCGAGAUACAACCAUCACUUCACCCUACUCUAUUUUAUUGUUUGGUGGUUCCAUGAACAUUCAACACCAGACGGGUCUCGUAAUCAUAGAUGGGUGGUUGAAAAUGGCUGCACCAGCUCAAACGGCUGUCCUCUUCAAGGAACUUAGACUAACUCUUCAUUCAAUUUUGAAGGAGCUAAUUAGGAAGCCGCAGACUGCUAACAUAGCCGAAAAUAACGUCAUUCAGUCUAUAGUACACUUACUAUUAGAAGAAGAUAAACCUACAAGGUGAUAUGAUACAACAAAUUCGGGAUACUUUUACAACCCGGCGUUGCUACUUCACAAAGGGCGUUGAAAGAUGCGGUCAACCCGUUACGGAUUCUUGCAUCAUGUGCAUUGCAACAAACCGCAACAGAGUAACCGUCAUAUAGACAGUCCAUUUAUUUGAAUUUCUAAAAUACCUUAUGAUAAGAUUAAAAUAUAAUGAAUUUAUAAAGUAUGUGGGAUGUUGAAUGUUUUUUGUAUGAGGCAUCUAAGGUUGUAUAUUGUAUCUAUAUGCAUGCAUCAUAUGGACUACUUCUAAGAGUGUAUGCAUUUGGAUUGUCGUGGUAACA